UACAAAGGAACUUGUGUGAAAAGUUGCCUUUGAUUUGCGUGAAACUUCGUCAUUGUUACAUUGUUAUUUGGAAUUUAGUGAAAUGGACAAAGAUCCGAGUAGUCAUGGUUCCUAAAACUGGUUGACAUUGAUAAGCGCACAUCGCUCAAGAUGGAAACGAGCAGAAAUGAAGACAAAAUUGUGCUAGAGCACAGCCACUUUCAUCACGACUGCACGGUGCGAGAUGUGAUCGUUUCCACCGUUGCCAAAAAAACGGUAGGAUCCCCUUCAAGCUCGUCAACCUCCGAAGGAGAAACUUCAUCACCAGUAACCAGCAGGGACACAUUACAGCAGAAGCUCGUCCGAGAAUUUCCCGGAGGCCGUGGCGGAAGAACCAAAGCCAGAACCCUUUACAAGAGAAUCUACCGGCCACGACGGUCGAUCCGGUCUGCUCGCAAGAUUUGCUACAAGACCACGGUGGAGAAUUGGCGUCCCGGUGGAAUGAGUAUCAAGUGCCCUGCCUGCCAGUCAUGCCGAAUUCCUGUGGUCCGAUCGCACCAACAACACGAAACACGGUCCUCAUUUUGUGCGUCGUUACUGCUUUGCUGUUGGACAUUCUUCUGUCUGCCCUGUUGCUUCCCCCAACCCAAACGCGAAUACCUGCACUGUUCAACCUGUAAUGCGUUCCUGGCAAUGUACGACUACGAGGAGAACUGCGUUGAACCAAAUUUUGACCUGUUUGAGGGAGGAUGAUGGACGUUGCGUGCUACUUACAUGCUCUCGGUGAAGCUGGCAAGACACUCGCGGACGUGGUCGAUUUGGCUGUCGUCCCAGGUGCUGUUCUGCUCCGGAUUGGGGGCACUCAUUUUGUUUUUUUCAACCCCGCAAACACUUGUUCCAACAGUUAACCACUCUACGAUGAAAAUAAAAGUAUCACAAACGCACUAAA